AUGCUAGAUUUGGUAUGGUUGGAGUAUCUCAAACCUUUACAGACUAGAAAUCUCGAAAUCUUGCUGCUACGUACUUUACACGUGAUGAAGUUUUGGCGUGUCAUAAGCUCAACACAGCAGUCCUUUCGGUGGAGGUGCAAAGCCGUGAUAGCCUCUGUCCAGGAUCUGCAUCCGCUUCCUGCACGAAUACGACCUUGUCUUCUGGGCUUUGCCCGAUGUUUUCGUGGACAUAGGACAAAGGAUAGAAGCGGCAGUGAGCCGUGCUGCAAAUUGCAUCGACGUGGCAUGACAAAUCUCCAAUCAAGUUGA